AUUAUAAGUAGGAUAAAAUUGAAAAUAUUAUAAGAGAUGGCCUUCAUAUUAUAUUUUUGGGGUUAAAUUGAAAUUUAUAAAAUCCUUAAUAUUUUUAAGGAAACAGAACGAGAGAUAAAGGAGUCGGUUCGGUCAGGGAUCGAACCGGCAUCGAAUCAGACAGUCGGCGGUCGGCGGACACUUUGUUUUGCCCCCAGCAGCAGCAAAGCCAGCACAGGCAUAGCGAGGCAUCCUCAUACAGCAUCUGCAAGCGUUGAGAGCAAAGAGAGAAGAAGGGAAAUGGAGAUGGAGCAGCUACUGAGCAUGGGUUUUCCUAGUGAAUUGGCGGCUCAAGCUCUGGCCGCCACCGGUGGCAAAUCAACAGUGAAAGCCACCGAGUGGAUUCUCUCCCAAACAUCUCAUCCUCAUCCCAAUAAUAGCCCAAAUGGAUCAUCAUUCCAGCAGCCAAAACUAGACCGCUUCUUUCAUUUCCCAUCAUCAAAACCAAAACAAGAACCCUCCUCCCCCUCCAAUUCCCCCACCCAAACAACCACCGCACCACCACCACCACCACCUCAUCAUCAAGUACUAUCAGCCCAAACUCCUCCCCCUUCUAAACGUCCCAAAGUAUUCGCUCCAUCACCCCCCUCAAAUCCACAUAAUCAUACUAUCAGCAAUGAUGAGCCCUUGGCCGAACGCAUGCGGCCUCGCACCAUUGAUGAUGUUAUCGGCCAGGACCUCCUUCUUUCCCAAAACUCCCUCCUCCGCUCUGCUAUUCGUUGCAGCCGCAUCCCUUCUAUCAUCCUCUGGGGCCCACCUGGAACUGGUAAGACAUCCAUUGCUCGUGCCAUUGUCACUUCUGCUAACUCUCAGGGCUCUUCCUCCUACCGUUUUGUCUCUUUGUCUGCUGUUACUUGUGGGGUUAAGGAUGUUAGGGAUGCUUUUGAGGAUGCUAGGAAAUUUAAACUCAAGAAUAGUAAAAGGACUGUUCUUUUUCUAGAUGAGGUUCAUAGGUUUAACAAGUCCCAGCAGGAUUCUUUCUUGCCUGUUAUUGAAGACGGUACCAUUGUGUUUAUUGGGGCCACUACUGAGAAUCCUUCUUUUCAUUUGGUUACGCCAUUGCUUUCUCGCUGUAGGGUUCUCACGCUUAGCCCUUUAAAGCCUCACCAUGUUCAAACCAUUUUGAAGCGCGCGGUGAAUGAUCCUGACAAGGGAUUGUCCAAGAGCUUAGGGAGUUUGAGAGUUGAUGUGAGUGAGGACGCUGUUGAAUUUUUAUCCACGAAUUGCGAUGGUGAUGCACGUGUGGCGUUGAAUGCCUUGGAAAUUUCUGCUGUAGCUGCAGCUGCCCGAGUGGGAAGUGAUGGUGAUUUGAGGUUGGCCAGUGUUGCAUUGGAUGAUGCCAAGGAGGCGCUUCAGAGCAAGCAUCUUGCUUAUGAUAGAGCAGGGGAAGAGCAUUACAAUCUCAUCAGUGCACUUCACAAGUCUAUGAGAGGAAGUGAUGCAGAUGCAUCCAUUUAUUGGUUGGUGAGGAUGUUGGAAGGAGGCGAACAGCCUCUUUAUAUUGCGAGGCGUUUGGUAAGGUUUGCAAGUGAGGAUGUUGGCUUGGCUGAUCCUUUAGCACUUAACCAGGCUGUUGCUUGCUACCAAGCUUGCCAUUUCUUGGGCAUGCCUGAGUGCAAUGUGAUUCUUGCUCAGUGUGUAGCUUACUUGGCUUUGGCUCCAAAAUCCAUUUCUGUCUAUCGAGCAAUGGGGGCUGCACAGAAGGUUGUUAGAGAAUCUGUUGGACAAAACGAGGGAGUGCCGCUUCAUUUGAGAAACGCGCCUACCAAGUUGAUGAAAGAGCUUGGGUAUGGGAAGGACUAUAUCUACACUCCUGAUAACCCCACCGCAAACCAGAGCUUUUUACCACCUUCACUCCAGGGCUACAAGUUCCUUGAUUGGCCAGCCAGUAAUGCCAAUAAUGGAUAAGAAAUUAUUUGAUCACCACCGUAGAUUUUGGAAGCCAGCAGCCAAUGACCAUUAGGAGCUAGUUCUGUUUUUGGUUGUGGGUGUGCGCUUGGUAGUUUUUGCUAUAAAACUCUGCUGCUGUUUUGUUAGUAUUCCGAAGCCAUGAUAUUUUUGGAACUGUUAAGAGACAUGGCUUAGAAGAGCAUGGGAAAAUCCAAUGUAUUUGAUGAUCGUAAACUAUGAAAAGAUCAAGAUUCUGCUUAGAGUGAUACCUGGAGUUACUAUGUUUUUCUGUUUGCUGCUUGGAGGUUCUAUAGCUGAUGUUUCCAUUUUAGAUUUCCUAAAAUAGAGUAGUGGCAAGGAAGCAAGUCAGCAACUAUGCACAUAGCAUUAGACAACUCUUAUGAGUUAUAAAUGUAUAGAAGCUUUAGCACAGGGGUUAAAGAAUCAUCCCAUUGCAGUACUGCAAACUCCUUUUCUAUCGAUUAUCAUUAAUCUCCCUGAA